GUGAAGAAACAGCAUGUUACUAGAGAGUCCCAAACCUUUGCUUCCUCAGCCUCUGCAGGUCUGGCACAUGGAAAGCCCAGAGGCACUGAAGUAUCCCACUCAAGCAGCCAAGUGUUAACAACCUCUCCAAAGUCUAAUUUGCCUUUGAUAUAGACUUAAUUGUUUGCGUCACCCACUGGGCUAGGGGGAGGGCUAUAAAAGGGGCUGCAGCCAUUGUCUGAGGCAGAAGAGAGCCCAGAAACAGCUCCCUCUCCCAGUCUUCCUAAUUCAGCACAGUAGUCACAGCCUGUACAUCAUGCAGCUGGUGGCCAGCCUGGUGUCCGUUCUGCUGCUGGUGUGGAGCGUGAGAGCCACUGCACUGCCUGGAGAAGAGAGACUCGCAAUACAGAACACUAGGGAACAGAGCACAGUCCGGAAAGAUGCCAUCCUGAAGAUGCUGGCAGGCCCGCUGGACGGGGGGGAAGGGGGGCGUGAGGCGGCCUCCCCAGAUGUGGAACAGGAGGGCAAGCUGGAGGAGGAGCGGGUGGUGCUGGGGCGGCUCGCCCAGCUAUCACAGCGGGACCGCAAGGCCAGUGACCAUGAGGUCUCUCAUCUCAACAACGGCGUUUUGGAUUAA